AUGGAGCGGGGAGCGCCCGGGGACCCCCGCGGGCUCUGGGGGCACCCCCCGGCCGGGACCCUCCCUGUCCCUCGCGGGCCCCGCGCCGUGCCAUCGCCCCCCGGAGCCGUCCCGGAGUCCCGGCCGCCGGUGCUGAUCCUGCAGCAGCUGCCCGGGCCCGGGGCCGCCCCCGCGGGACCCCCGCCCGUGCGGGGAGAUUUGAUGGAGUUGAUGCUGAUUCAAACCUCCCAAAUGCACCAGCUGCUGAUGCACGGCCUGGCCAUGGCAGCUCUGAUGCCCCUGGGUGCGGGGCCAGCCCCAGCCCCUGCCCAGGUGCUGGCGGGGCCUUGGCAGGGUGAGGAGGAAGAGGAGGCCGUGGUUUUCCACCAUCACUACAUGCCCUGGCCCGUGCCCGGCCCGGCCCCCGUGCGGUUCCUGCGCUCCUCGCCCGGGGACGGGCGAGCUGUGCCCCCCCCGCCGCCCCCCAGCGCCACCGGGACCGUGGGACCCGGCGUGCCCCCAGCAGAGGAGUUCUACACCGCAGAGCAGGGAGGGCUCUGAGCUCUGCCUCCCUCGGCCCCGAAGAUCCCGGAUGGAUGCUGCACCCUUCCCGCGGUGUUGGGGUUUUGGGGUGGUUUCCCUGCUGAGCCCCCAGGCUGGGCUGUCCCAGGGCUGUCCCACGGGUGUCCCACCCCUGUCCCAGCCUUGGGGACACCCCGGUCCCCUCCAGGCCACCGGGAGGCUGUGCUGUCCCCGGGGGUGGGGACAGCGGAUGGUCCCAGCCCUCAUUAGUCCCUCCAGCUCUCAAUGCAGCAUUGCCUGUAAUUAAUUCUCUUUGUUAAGA